AUGCCGGGGGCACCCUCCAAACGCAUCCACCUAGAUGACCAGGAAGGCUCUCACCAGGUGAAUGGGAGCCAGGUGGCGGCCUUGGGACGAGCCGCUCUGGACGACUUUGCGAGACCCGAGGACGACGAAGCCGAUGUUCCGACCAUCUCGGCAGUCGAUGUGGAGACGCAACACCUUCUCACCACCUGCAGGGGUGAGCCGGGGUCGAUUAUGGAUCAGCUAAGCCGUCGUCGUCCGACCACUAUCGUGCACCAACAGCAAAUCGCUCCCGGUCAGCUGUCAAGCCUCGCCGAACAGGGUCUACAAACGGGCGCUCGUCAGCUCGAUCGCGUCCUGGACGGGGGACUGGGUCGACUCGCAAGCGGAGAACUGACGUUGGAGGCUACCUUGGCGACCGAUUACAUCAGCGAGCACUCCGUGGGCUUCGCUCAGCAGAUUGAGGUUCGCCAGCGCGCAGUGGCGGAGCUUGUCGAGUACGAGGACCUCGCCGCCCACAUUAGCUCUUGCCUCAGCCACUCCAACCCGUACUUGCUAUUCGGGUCACCCGGAGCUUGCAGCAAUUACCCAUACUGGAACAGCGCGAUUACCGUCUUCCUCCAGCGCGGCGUUCAAGGCAAGCCCGCAAUCAUGUCCGUGAAGAUGGAGGUCGGCGACCCGAGUCGCCCCGAGGUCCCGGCCGUCUACGCCAUCUUCUUCGAUGACUCGAUCUUCAAACUGCACUCUUCCAUCAUUCAAAAUUCUGCCUCUGUAUCUCCACAGUGGAAGCACCCCCGACCUUCGAAACUCCGUACCCUUCGUCCACUGGCCGCAAACAGCUUCGGAACUGGCGUAGCCGCUGCCAUUGCGGAAUCGGACCGCCUUCAUGACGGAAUCGCUUUGAGCACUCGACCCAGCUUGUUUGAUUUCAUUGAACAACGCCGGGCCGAGUUGACCGUCCACGACAACAAGGAAACGCUUCUCCCUUUGCAGCUCCCCUCCCCCCGUCCGGGUCCCGACAAGAAGAUCACUGCGGUGUACUACCACGAGCUCGCCGAUGCCAUCAACCAACCCCUUUACGUGGCCCGCUUGGACCACUGCUGCUGGCCACUUUAUGAAUUGGCCGCCCAAUCUGACCUAGACGAGCCGGCAUCAGUCUUUAUCCGUGGUAUCGCGGCCGGUUCUGUCCAUCCCGACCAUGUACCGCCCAACACGCCCACAAUCUUUGAAGUCGUCGUAACACGCCAGUCGAGCCUCGCCACCGCCCAGGCCAGUCGUCGCAGCCUCACCGGCGUUACCUCAAGCGACACGGUCAUCAUUGGGGCGCCUUCCGACGACCAAUACAGAGCCGCCUACGCGCCAAUGGCGGCCAUAACCAAGUCUCUCCUGCCCAAGAACAUUCCCACCGGCCUCAUGCACAUGCUGCGCGGUGACACAACAAGCUCAAUUUAUACCAUCGGUGUUCUUGCGCACCCCCAAGGCUUUUCGAGCGCUAUCGGCAUCAACUACGUCCAUGUACACCGCGUCACUCCGAUCCGCUCACUCGUUACCCCACACGUCCUCCGUAUCGUCAACCCAAUCACGGCUACUCGUAUGGGCAUUGUUGCGAUCGAUGGCGUCAUUAAGGAGCCCCUGGUCAAGCACUCGGCACCUAACACCGCGUUUAGCUUCCCAUGUCACCUGGUGUCUGGAACGCGCGGCGAGACUGAGACCACCGAGGAGAAGGAGCAGUCCCUACGAUCCCGACACCAAUACAUUAUCCGGCGUCUUGGUAAACCCGAGCUUCUGAUCCUGGUUUCCAAUCUCGCUAGCGAGAACGAUGUCGUUGACGCCAUUGUCAACAUGCCCUACUCGCUGUAUGGUAACGUCGACGACACUAAAGCCGUUUUGCGCCUCGUACGCCAAGACAACCUUAGCCAGGUCAAGAAGUUGGAGGCCGAAGGCAAAUUCGAGAAGGACAAGAAACUCAAGGCGAUUGCAUCGGGUUCCAAGAUGUCCAAGGGAACCCGUCCUACAGGAAUUCUUAAGUUUGGAAAAGAUCGGUAUGGUCUGUGA